ACCGCGGGAGGAACGCCGAGCUGCGGCCGCCGGGAAACGUAAAGUUUAUGCCGCCCAAAGUGACGCAAAAAUUCUUAAAGAGCUCUUUGGCGGCGGAUAUCUAGAGAUCAGACCAUGUGAGGGGCCGAGAGUACAAAUACGGGCGCUCGGGCGCAGCUCCCGCACAGGCAGCGGCCGCCCCGGGUGCCUCGAGGGCGGGAGGGUCGCCCCGCCUCCGCGAGCCCCGGGACCAGCCUCCCCACGGACUCCCGACAGAGCUCUCAAUCCCAUUGAUAAAAGCUCUGAGGACACCUACAGAUCCCACACUAAGAAUUCAGUUCGGGUCCUCGACAGAUGGGCAUCAGUGUCAUCUACUAGUGUCAUCUAGCUAGCAGGAUGGAGACCACGCCUUUAAAGUCCCAGAAGGACCUGUCAGCGUGUAAGGAUGGAGAUGAUUGUCAGGAGAAUGGAAUGCUGCAGAAGGGUGUCCCCACCCCUGGGGAUAAAACGGAGUCUGGCCAAAUCUCCAAUGGGUACUCAGCGGUUCCAAGCCCCAGUGCAGGCGACGACACCGAACACUCCAUCCCGGCCGCCACCACGGCCCUAGUGGCUGAGAUUCAUCAGGGGGAACGGGAGACCUGGGGCAAGAAGGUGGAUUUCCUCCUGUCGGUCAUUGGCUAUGCCGUGGACCUGGGCAACGUCUGGCGCUUUCCCUCCCUAUGUUACCAGAAUGGAGGGGGCGCGUUCCUUCUCCCCUAUACCAUCAUGGCCAUUUUUGGAGGGGUCCCACUCUUCUACAUGGAGCUUGUGCUGGGCCAAUACCACCGAAACGGAUGCAUUUCGAUAUGGAGGAAAAUCUGCCCUCUUUUCAAAGGGAUUGGUUACGCCAUCUGCAUCAUCGCCUUCUACAUCGCCUCCUACUACAACACCAUCAUGGCCUGGGCGCUCUACUACCUCAUCUCCUCCUUCACGGAUCAGCUGCCCUGGACCAGCUGCAAGAACUCCUGGAACACUGGCAACUGCACCAACUACUUCUCCGAAGACAACGUCACCUGGACACUUCACUCCACGUCCCCUGCGGAGGAAUUUUACACGCGCCAUGUCCUGCAGAUCCAUCGGUCUAAGGGACUCCAGGACCUGGGGGGCAUCAGCUGGCAGCUUGCCUUCUGCAUCAUGCUGAUCUUCACUGUUAUUUACUUUAGCAUCUGGAAAGGCAUCAAAACCUCUGGCAAGGUGGUAUGGGUGACAGCCACCUUCCCGUACAUCAUCCUUUUGGUCCUGCUGGUGAGGGGGGCUACGCUCCCUGGAGCCUGGAGGGGUGUGCUCUUCUACUUGAAACCCAACUGGCAGAAGCUCCUGGAGACAGGGGUGUGGGUGGAUGCUGCUGCUCAGAUCUUCUUCUCUCUUGGUCCUGGCUUUGGGGUCCUACUGGCUUUCGCUAGCUACAACAAAUUCAACAACAACUGUUAUCAAGACGCCCUGGUGACCAGUGUGGUGAACUGCAUGACGAGCUUCGUUUCAGGAUUCGUCAUCUUCACGGUGCUCGGGUACAUGGCUGAGAUGAGGAAUGAAGAUGUGUCUGAGGUGGCCAAAGAUGCGGGCCCCAGCCUCCUCUUCAUCACAUAUGCAGAAGCCAUAGCCAACAUGCCGGCGUCCACGUUCUUUGCCAUCAUCUUCUUCUUGAUGUUAAUCACACUGGGCUUGGAUAGCACGUUUGCAGGCUUGGAGGGGGUGAUCACAGCUGUGUUGGAUGAAUUUCCACACAUCUGGUCCAAGCGCCGGGAGUGGUUUGUGCUCGGUGUGGUUGUUACCUGCUUCUUUGGGUCCCUGAUCACCCUGACUUUUGGAGGGGCCUACGUGGUGAAGCUGCUGGAGGAGUUUGCCACGGGGCCCGCGGUGCUCACCGUUGCACUGAUAGAAGCAGUUGCUGUGUAUUGGUUCUAUGGCAUCACUCAGUUCUGCAGUGAUGUGAAGGAAAUGCUCGGCUUCAGCCCUGGAUGGUUUUGGAGGAUCUGCUGGGUAGCCAUCAGCCCUUUGUUUCUCUUGUUCAUCAUUUGCAGUUUUUUGAUGAGCCCGCCACAGCUACGACUUUUCCAGUAUAAUUAUCCUCACUGGAGUAUCAUCCUGGGUUACUGCAUAGGAACCUCAUCUUUCAUCUGCAUCCCCACAUAUAUAACUUACCGGCUGAUUACCACUCCAGGGACAUUUAGGGAGCGUCUUAUUAAAAGUAUCACUCCAGAAACACCAACAGAAAUUCCCUGUGGGGACAUCCGCUUGAAUGCCAUAUAAAGUGCUUCAAUGAGAGGAAAAUGGCUUCCCAACAAGCUCUUCCUCCACUUCUGACAAGUCACGCCUCGCCUUCUCCCUCUAAAUGAGUUUCCAGCUAAGCCUGACAAUGAAAGGGUCUUUUUCAUUGAGAUGCAGUCCUAAAAGACUAUGGUGCCCAGACUCUCAUGGCCUCUAGCCACUUCUUUCUGUGAAAUCUCCUGGACAUAUUACCGUGUUAGACUCUGUGAUGCAGCUGAACUAUUUUGGAUGCGUAAGGGUGUAUAUGGAGGUGAUGAAAACCACCAUAUAAUUAGUUAGGAUUGGAUUUAGAAUCAAGUCUGUGAAAGUCUCCUGUAUCAUUCCUUGUUCUGAUGUUUGGUAUCUGACGUCUGUUUGCUUCUAAAGGUUUCACUGUACAUGAAUGCAUAAACUAUGUAGGAGAAAACGGGGAUAGUGUCUUGCUAACCAUGUAUUUUCUGAGUAGCAUAGAAUUCUAUAGCUGGACCUACUAGAACCCUGCAACCCAUGUGCUGCUGUGGAAUCAGGAGAGGAAGAUAUAAGAAACUAAACUGAAAAAUAAUGUGUACAUGUGAGCAUGUGUCUGUGUAUACUGUCGUUUAAGUGAAUCCUUCCCUUAUUCCAAUACUUUGGGCCCAUUGCAAACUAUAUGAAUUUCCUCUAAUUUUUCUUACAUUAACAAAUUCCACCUACUCAAAUGUGUAUAUAUGUUAUUAUUUGAAGAGUAUAAUUACAGCAUGCUCUGCCUCCUUCUUUUUCCAGUGACACUACAUGAGCUCAAACACCUUCCUUUAUGGGCCAGUCUUUGGCUUCUGCUGCACUUCAUUGUCAUCUCCCUGUCUCUUUCUACUAAACAUUUAGGAUAAUGUUCCACAGGCAAAUCUGGCCUAUUUCAUUAGUCACUAUGGCUUUGCCAGGAACUACUUUGAAGAUGGAUAUUGACUAAUACACCUUAGGUGUUCAGUUGGCUAUCUGAUUCAAGCUCUGUAUACUUCAAAUGAUUGAGUUUGACCGUUGAGGUUAUUUUGCUUUAUGAAGAGAAUAAAUCCAGUUCUUGCUUAUAGCAUAUGUAGACUUGGUACCUUAACCUAAAUCAAGGUCAUCCUCAAUCCAAAAGUAAUUGGAGAGUCUGGGAUAGCCCAGACUUAAAUGGCCAACCCCACCCCAGCCCCCGCCAACUCCUUGACCCUUCCAGGUUGAAUACCAACCAGGAUUGUGAGCCCACCAGAUAAUUUUCAAGAUCGAAUCUAAGUAAGGCUAAUUGAGAAAGGGUCAGUAAAUAACUUUCAUUCCACAUAAAACCCUUAAUACAGACCAAGUAAAUUUGACCUUCAGUGGCUUGUGACUCUCAGAUGCAUAGGUAGAGAAGCAAAUUAUACCUUGCGGUGUGAGAUUUACUUAUCAAAAUCUUAAAGGAAAUAAAAACAUAGUUAAUGAUAAAAGGACCCAAUCAUCUAGCUCUACAUCAUUUAUUUCCUCUAUAUAAAUCAAAUUUAAUUCUAACAGCCUUAUAUAGAAAGAAGACCCAUAUAGCAGAGGCCUGGUUUUAUUCAUUUAUAGUUCUGUUGGCUUCCUUUUCUCAAUCUUCCUGGCCACCUUCCUGUAUUCCCCCUCCAUCUUUCUAUUUCUGAUUCUUUGUUUCUCCUAGCAGGAUGUUUUCCUUAUAGAUGAUAGCUGCUGAGAAGUUUCCCGAAGUAUUAGAGGUAAAAAUGAGGGAGAUUAAGAAACAUUCUGUGCUGACCUACCUUCAUUAUCUUUACUUUUUCAUUCUUUCUUGUUACCUUAUUUCCAUUCUCUUUGCUUUCUAGCACGCUGAGAGAGGUUAUAUAAGUGGCAGCAUAUUCAGUGGUCAAUACCUUUGCAAAUUUUAAGAAUUUCUUUUAUAAAGAUAUUCAGAUAUGGAUUCUCCCCAGUCCACACACAUUUACACAGUCUCCAAAGAUAACAUUUUUAAAAAAGCACUUUUCAAACAGUGUUAACAGGACAGGUAUUAAGGGAAGUAUAUAGGUGUUUUGAAAAGUUUCAAACUUCAAUAGAUUUUUUAAAAAAUCUAAAAUCUCUGUUCUGCAUAGUUUGCAUUUACUUUACCCCUAUUUAUCAAUACUACUAUGGACUUUUUCAAGGAAGGCUUUAGGUAGACGUACUUUAAAAUAAUCUUUUAAAGAACUUUUGAAUCUAAUGUAGCAUUUACAUAAAAAUAUAAACUACAAAUGGAAUUUUAACAUUAUUUAGGUACUGAAGUUAAUUUUUUUGUGAUUUUAUUAGUAAGAAAUUCCCAAGAAAUAGGCAAGACACAAGACAAAGACAUGGAGGCCAUUCAAUUGACUGAAGUUGUUUUAUUGAUAUGCAGUGAAGUCCAAAGAAUACAUCUCUCUUCUAGAAAACUUACAACCCAUUUACAACUAAUUCCAUUUGUGGUAUGGAAUGCAUAUAACGUGUAACCUAAAUUCAUUGUCCUGGCUGCCCCAUCUGGAUAUGUAUGCAAAGACCCUGACAAACUCAAAAAUCAAUAGAAUAGCUCCAAAAUCAAAUAAUGAAAUCUCAAAAUAAGGCAAGUUAUUGUCAGAUGAGUCACUCCCUCACCAUUCUUUUUACUUAGCUUGUUAAUUUGAUGCCACUAAUCUUAAAAUUUAAGUGCAAGGAUGAACUUCCAGUUAACUCACACACCCCACCCCCAUUCCUUAAAAGGGAGAUUAUUCUCCUGGAAGAAUUGUAUUCUUUCUGAUAAGUAGAAAAGACUGGCCUAAUUUUUCUAUCUGUUGUAUAAUUGAUUUGGAGUUCACUGUCAAAGCAAAGCUUAAAACUAUGGAAUGCGAUAGCUCAACUGUGCUUUUAAAACUAUGGAAUGCAAUAGCUCAACUGUGCUUUUACGCAUAUCUUAGAUAAUGUUUAACUACCCAGUGGUAUAAUUCGAGCCUAGUUCUUUUCUAAGCAUGUCUCUUUACUCAUAAAUCAACACCUGGUGCUAAAGAUAUCAUUAAAGACAGCAGUAAUCAGAAGGCAUUUUUCAAUCUCCUGUCUUUGUCAGGAAGGGAUGAAGAAGAGCACUAAGUUCCUCAGAGAGACUACGCCACAAAUGGUCGUCCCCAUAAGUAAUGUAAUAAAAGCAAAAUAGUCAUAUGCUAUGUGAGAAGUUGUAUAUUUUAAAGUCAUCAUGGAGCUCACACAUUAUCUAAAAUGCAAGGAGAGUUUCACAUAGGGUCUAAAUUAGGAAAGUGAGCUUAGAAUGUGCUUGCUUGAGAAGCACGUUAGAGAAUGAAAUUCAUAAAUCCAAAUACAGAAAUGUUACAAUAGGGAAUAUUCCUACACUAUAGUAAGCUUUUCUGGUCCACUUGAAACAGUAGGAGUUUUUUCUUCAAUAUCAGAAAUGUCAAUAUUUAUUAAAAUUUGUUGUGUUUAGUUUCAUGAAGGGCUGUUUCAAAGUUUUUGUUCUUUCUUUUUACUUUCUGUAGUAUCACCCUUUCCCCUCAUUGCUUAACUGCCUCUAAGUUUUAAUGAGAGAACAAUAUUUUAAAGUCCAGAUAACUAUUUUAGAGGUAGGAACAAACCUCGUAACUAAGCUAAUUUCUCUGCUCUUCUUGGGACCUGGAAAUUUCUAAAGAAAGGUGAACUUAAGUUUUACUUCCUCUACUAGAAUGAAAUAAUACCUCUUUCAAUCAGUUUAGUGGGUAUUUACCACAGUGGAAAAGAUAUUUUAGGAUAAGAUCUUAGAUAUGCCUGUCCUUUUGUUUCAUAUAGUUGGAAUCUAUUCAGUAUUGUUUCUACAUCAGGUAUUUCAAAAAACCUUUUCAAGAGGAGUCUUUUUUGGGAAAUGACACAAUAUAUUUCCAUUGAAUUUUGGGUGGUUUUUCUCUUAUCAAUACAUCACAAAAUUCUUGCAAAACAGCUGCGCUACCGCCACUGUAAGUUUUUGUUUUUUAAGCUAUCAAAAUAGAUUUUCUUCACUGGCCAACUCUAAUUUAGAAACUGUGUAUUCGUGGAGCACCUUAUUAGAAAAAACUUUUAAUGUCUGCUGAAAAACUUUACACUUAGGGAAGAGGACAGAUAACAUCAGUCCUUCAAUUCUGUAAUUGAAGACUCCAAAUAUAGUAGAUAAUUUAUUCCUAGCAAUUUGUAAACACUGACAUUCCAAACUACUAAUAUUUGGGGAGGAGUUAUCCCGUCUUUAUGCUAAAAUAUCUAAAUUCCCAUAAACAAAUAAGAGCACUUGCAAAAUUUUUAAAAAAGGUUAUUUUGAAAGAUUAUUUGAACUCUAAUAUUAAAGGUCUACCUAUCUUAAAACUUGAUAUAGAAAAAAUAUAUUUUAAAAGAUAAAAUUAGGGACUUUAAAGAAGAAUUUGCAGUUAUUUCUCCAAUGGCAUAUAAAAUAUGAUUUGACUUACAAUUUUUCAGGAUACUUUGUGCAUUGGACAUAUCAAUGAGGUGCUUCAAACUCUAGAUUACAGUUAAAUUAUAUAAAUGGUAUUUCUUUUUCCCUCAUUUUCACUUUCUCCCAUAUUACUUACAGCUAAGAACAAGAAAAUUUCUUCCACUAUUCACCUCUGUAAAUGGUGGUAAUAUGAAAUUUACCAAUGUUAUUUUUCAGAUGAAACAUUUCAUUUUUAAACUUUAAUGGCAGAUUUAAACUUAAGUUUUAUUUGUAUAAAAGAGUAGUCUCUUUAAGAUGCAAAGAAUGCCCCUAUAUUAAUUUUUCACUAUUUGGUCAUAAAUGCGCCAAGUUAGAUUGUGAGACAUCAGUAAAUGCCUUCCGCUGUGAACUAUUACUGUAAUAACUUUUAUGAUUUGUUCUCAUAAAAAAAAACCUUCCACAUCCUUAAUUAAAAAUCUUAACUAUACAUUGUCAAAACAUUUACACAUCCCCCCAAAAUAUCACUGCAUAUAAUUUAUAAAUAUGUAGUACCAAAACCACCUAGAAUUAGAUAUUAAAUUUCUAUAAAGCUAAUUCUUACAAUUCUUUGCAAUUUGUUCAGAACUUUAUAUGCUUUCACAUAUAUCCCAUUUGAUCAUCAUAGCUCUGCACGACAGAUGUUAUUGUCCCAGGUUUGCAGAUGAGGGGCCUGAGGCUGAGAGAGGUUAAUUGAUUUGCCCAAGUUCACACACCUAGAAAAUACCUAAGUUUUCUGAUUGCUGGCCAAAGGUUACUUGCAUGUCUUUCAAAUCAUCAUCUAUAGAAAACCAAAUACACGGAUUCUAAAUCCAAAAAAGAAAAUCAUGAGGGACGUGUUCCCAACAAACAAGGACAUUCAUUCUCCUACAUAACCACAAUACAACCAUCAAAAUCAGGAAAGUAACUUUGAUACAUUACCACCAUCUAAUCUGACCUCAUUCAAUGUUUUUUUUUUUUAACAAAAGGACCCAUUCCAGAAUCACACUUCUCAUUUAGUUUCAUGUCUUUUUUCCCUCCUUCAAUCUGCAAGCUUCCCAGGCUUUCCUUGACUUUUGUGAACUUGACACUUGAAGACUACAAGCCAGUUAUUUUGCUGAAUGUCCCUCAAUUUGAUUUAAUGAUUGAUUCCUAAUGAUUAGAUUCAGGAAAUGUAUUUUGGCUGAAAUAUCAUGACACUGAUGUGCUUUUCACUGUACUGGAUCAGGUAGAGCACGAUUUGAUUUGUCCCCAUACUGGUGAUGUUAACUUCAACCACUUGUCAGGCUUUCCACUGUAUUCUUUUGUGAUUAAAUAGUAUUUUUUAGGGAGGGAUUACUCUGAGUGUGCAAAUUCCCUGUUCCUCAUCUAAUUCUUAAUUCAUUCAUUUUUUACAGAUACUUUAGUCAGUGGAUUAUAAUCCAUUAUUAUUAUUUUGCUGUUCAAAUUGUCCUACAUUGUUAAUGAGAGUCCUUUCAAGCUGGCUUGUCUUUUUUACAUGUUCCAUAAUUCUUAAAAAACUUCCUUACUUUCUGGAAUGAUAUCUCAGUAUCAUCAUGUACUUUCUCCACCACAGCCAUUUCUUAUUUUUAGUGAAAAAUGUAUUUAGAAACCAAGAUCUAGGUGGUAGGUUUUGCUCAUUGCAAGUAGUGUCACUGCUACCAAGUACUCUCACUGGACAGAACUAAAGUGUGUAUGUAUGUGUAAGCACAUACACAUUUGCAUCUAUAAUUAUCUCUCGUGAAAAUAUAUAGAGUUCACACCAUUACUUCCAAAUCCAACCCAAAACUACAAAGUUCAUUUUAGUUUUCUCUCUUCAUAUUUAUAAUCCCUUCUAACGCAGUGUGAAACCUGGCUCCCAUCACCCUGAAUAUUUUAUACUUAUUUGAUCAGUUGCCCUGAGUGUCAGCAACAUUUCAUUGCUGUUGCUACCUCUACACAGCAGCCUUCAUAACCCAUUCAGAUUCUGACACUUUGUGCAGGGAUUGCCCCCAGAACAAAUGCCAUUCUUAAACAGCUCAGGCUGACAAUCCUUCAGCCCUAUUUGAAUCACUGGACUAAGAGUAGUGAAGGGGUACUCUCCCAAGGGAAAAUCAAGGCACUGUUCCCAGAAAAGGGGUAAGUGCCUGCCAGAGAGGCAAAAACAUGUUAUAUCUGGGGAAGGAAAUAGACAAAAACCCUUAAUUUGCAGCUUCUCCCUGAGUUAUAUCAAACUUAGUUAUAAAAGUAUAUAGUCGACCCCUGAACAAUACAGAGGUGAGGAGGUUAGGGGUACUGAUCUCUCGAACAGUUAAAAAUACGUGUAUAACUUUUGACUCCUCCAAAAUUGAACAAUUAAUAGCCUACUAUUGACCAACUAGAAGUCUUACCAAUGUCAAUUAACAAAUAUUUUGUAUAUGUAUUAUAUACUAUAUUCUUACAACGAAGCUAAAGUUAAAAUAAUUUAUAGUUAUUGAAAAGAAUCUGCAUAUAAUUGUACCCACACAGUUCAAACCCAUGUUGUUCAAGGGUCAGCUGUAUAUUUCCUAGCUAAAGCAUCCAAGCUGCUUUGUGAAAGUCUCAACUAUUAGAAGAGGGAAAUUGACAGCUUAUCAGAUCCCUGACUCCAGUGUCUCCCUCUUGCAUACCUGGUUAAUCUUCCAAAUAUGAGGCGCUAGUUCUAACAACCUUAAGGAACCAAAUUUUCUAACAGAGUUGAAGACUUUUAGUCCGUCUCAUGGUCUUCCAUAAUCCCACCCAAGCUUUUUCAUAGUUACAUUAUACUAUAUCCCUCUGUGCACAUAGAAUCAGUGCUUUUUAAGUAUUUGUCACCAUCAAUGAUCUAUUUUAAAGUAUUAGGAUGUAAAUGAUAUUUAAUGUGUCAGUCAAGAGAUAAGAGCAUUAGCUUUGUGUUACUUUUUCUUUCUGGUUUUAAAAGUAUAAUAAAAUGAUUUAUGAAUGCUAAA